AUGUCGUCGGAUCGUCAACCGCCCGCUGAGCGUGCGUCUGCUAUCAUUAACUCCGUUCCUUCAACGAGCCUUGCCACGAAGACCGGUACCGUCAUUCUUGGAACGGGCCUCACCGCUGCAGCCAUCUCCCAGGAAUUAUACGUCGUAAACGAAGAGACCGUCAUUCUCGUCGGAACGGCCAUUCUUUUCACGUACAUUGCCAAGGUCAUGCGCGAACCGUACAAGAACUGGGCGGAGGGGCACAUCAACAGGAUUCGCGACAUCCUCAAUGGAGCACGUACUGAGCAUACUGAAGCUGUCAAAGCACGAAUCGAUUCUGUUGCUCAAAUGAAAGACGUCGCUACUAUUACUGAGGGUCUCUUCGCACUCUCUAAAGAGACCGCAAAACUCGAGUCCGAGGCUUUUGUCCAACGCCAGCGUGUUGCCCUUGCAUCAGAACUUAAGGCUGUUCUUGACAGUUGGGUUCGCUACGAGCAGCAGGAGAAGGAGAAUGAGCAGGCGCAGCUUACGAAAACUAUCGUGGACUCUGUACUUGGAAAACUUGGUGACGAAAGGACCCAGCGCGAAAUUCUCAAUAAUGCACUUGCAGAGGUCGACCGUAAGUCAUGUUUUGACAUGUAUCGUAGAAAGCUUCUGAUUACGAUGCUUUUCAGAACUCGUCAAAGCGAAGGCUAUUUAAUUUCACGGCUGUCCUAG